UUAUUACGCAUGCGAAGCCCAGACAGACAAUUCUCCCACGUACCAAAAGCUCAAUACCACUGGGCUAAGACUUAUCUCUUAUAUAUAUAUUAUAUAAUAUAGACACACACGUGUAAGGAUAUAAUUGGUUGUUGCGUUUGACGAGAAGCAGGUCAGAAGAAUCGACAGUACAUUGGAAUAAAUACAUUAAAGAGAGAGAAAACAGGCAUCACCAGUUUGACUCUCUCUCUCUCUCUCUCUCUUCUUUCUCUCUCUUAAUUUAUAUACCCUUUUGUCCUCCAAACAAUUUCUUGUUAAUUCUCUCGUGUUCGGAAUUUCUCUCUUGUUGAAUUUACUUUGUGAGAAAAUGGCAGUGGAGUUGAUGCCUGGCUACAGGUUUACAUCUAAAAUGGAGGCUAACGCCGCCCAGGAAGCGGCGGCGGCCGGCCUUCAGAGCGUCGAGAAUCUCAUCAGAUUACUUUCAAACUCCCACCAUCAAAAUUUCCCAGAUCAACAACAAUCCUCCUCCAAAUAUCAGUCAUCGGAACCGAUCGCCGCCGCUGCCGCCGCGGAUUACCAGGCCGCCGCGGAUUACCAGGCCGUCGCCGAUGUCGCCGUCAACAAAUUUAAGAAGUUUAUUUCUAUACUCGACCAGACCCCCCGAACCGGGCACGCCCGGUUCCGCCGUGGCCCGAUUUCCAAUCCCACUCAGAAGGUCAAACCGGCCGGCCCUCCAGCACAACCGCCAAAGACAGAGGAAAAUAGUACUGUUCCUGCUCCCGGUUCGAGAAUUUAUUGCCCGACUCCGGUUCAGCGGCUACCGCCGCUGCCCCAAAACCACCUACAGCUGUUGAAGAACGCCACCGUCGAGCGGAAGGAGUCAACCACCAUAAACUUCGCGUCGCCGGCGACAUCGUUCAUGUCCUCCUUAACCGCCGGCGACACUGAUAGCCUGCAGCCGUCGAUGUCUUCGUCGGGAUUUCAGAUCACGAACCUCUCUCAGGUUUCCUCCGUCGGCCGGCCGCCGCUGUCGACGUCGUCGUUCAAGCGGAAGUGCAACUCAAUGGAUGACGCCAACACCAAGUGCGGCGGCGCGUCGUCUCGUUGCCAUUGCCCAAAGAAAAGGAAAUCAAGGCUGAAGAAAGUAGUUAGAGUUCCAGCAAUUAGCAUGAAAAUGGCUGAUAUUCCACCUGAUGAUUAUUCCUGGAGAAAAUACGGUCAAAAGCCAAUCAAAGGUUCCCCCCAUCCUAGGGGAUAUUACAAAUGCAGCAGUGUAAGAGGGUGCCCGGCCCGAAAGCAUGUGGAGCGGGCUUUAGAUGACCCGGGAAUGUUAAUUGUAACUUAUGAAGGUGAACACAGUCACGCCGUUAACAAUACAGAAGCACCUGCACUGGUUCUUGAAUCAUCUUGAUCUUAUCGAAUCCAACGGCCCAGAUUUCGCCCCGCUAGAAACAAAAGGCAAAAGGGAAAUCUAAUCACCACCGUCCAUGGCGUGGAAAAAGAGAACGAAGAUGGUCAACUCUGGAUGCCUGCUCCACUACCUAGAUUUAAAAAAUAAUAAAAAAAAAAAUUGAAAAUUAUAUAUAGUGGUCUAUUUUGUUUUUUUUUUUAUGACUUCCUUCUUUUUUUUGUGUGUUCUUUAUCACAAUUCACACCCUUUGGAAAAACCUUUGAUGCUUUAAUUUGUGGGAAGAGUCAAAAGGCAAGAAGAACAAAAAAAUAGAAAAUUGUGGAUUUGGUGGGAAUUCAUUAAUCAUUCAAACUAGUGGGUUUUCUUCA